AUGCAUACCAUAACAGAAGCACCGACAGCUCUUUACGUCAUAACACCAUCUCUAGUUUUUUUCCGAAUUUGUUUUGUUGCAGUGCGACGUUUUGUUCCUAUUCCGAAAUCACUGCUGCAAAGCUCAAGUCGAAAGCAAUGGAUGUACCAUAACACUCUGGUAUCUCUAGUUCACUCGGGUCUCUCAUCAUGUCUAGUACUGUACUGGUAAGUUGCAUGUAUGACUUGUAUUUGUAUUUAAAAUAGUGCUGUCGUUAGGCAGAUGUUAACUGAAACAAAACAUCGCACACUAUUUAUUCACUAUUGAUGAAUGAAAACCACUGUUUUAUUGACAGCCUGCGUAACCUGGGGGUACUUUAGGAAUUUCUGGGUGGGGACGUGCCGGAACCCUUAACCUAUACCAGAGCUAGUUCAGCUAUUCAGCUAAAUUGUGCUACCCUAUACUAGAGUAAACUCUCCAAAUCCCCCCUAUCCUAGAGUAGCUGUUUCCCUAGUCUAGAUAAAAUCUUCAACCAACGGAUCAGUUUCCUGAAAAAUGAUACCCUAUUCUAGACCCAAACUCUCUGAUUUAUAUACCCUAUCCCAGAGUAAACUGCUUGAAAACCAUACCCUUCACAGCGGCACAUACCCAUAUAGCCCAUAUAUGGCAGUACCCCCCCCCCCGGGCCUGCGUAGCUGGCGGAAUUAGCGGGUGAGUGCAAUUAUUGUUUUGCGAGUGCUGUAUUGUUUUGACGGCGGCGCCACGAGAAGAUUGGGUAUUUCGAGGCUUCGCCCCUCAUGAAAAUCCCACGCCGCUUCGCCACCAAGAAAACAUAUCCCAUCCUGCCAGUCCGCCAGCUGCACAGGCUACGUACAUUAGGGAGCUUUAGCAUCGACGACGGCGACGGUCUAGCCUCGACCAAAGGCCUGUUCACAGACUACUUGAAAAGGCAUUCGCGUUUUUUCAAACGUUGUCGCGUUUAUUCCAAUCCGCUGAAAAUUUGAUUGUAGGCGAAUUUCCCUAGAGUUGAUUUCUUGGGGACCGCACUCAAGUUUAGAAAGAGAAAGAAAAAUUCGUCGUCGCUUAUUUACGUAUUUAUUACAGAUUCACUCCACUACAUUACAAGCAAAUAAUGAAAUGAAAUAAGCUAACACUACUAUAAAAAAAAAAAAAAAAAAAAAAAAAAAAGAAAGGUGUGGAGAAGGAGACAACCAAAAGCGCCAAUGCGCCAUACUACGUCCUCCAUAUAGCCUGAAAUCACGCAUUUUCACGUCGUAGUCGUGCAGUGACGGCAAAGAAAAGUCCAAAAAAGCGUGAUGCCUUAAAUUUUGGACUGAGAAAAGCUGAACUGGACUCUACGUUACGCGUGCAGCACCGAGCCACUCUCGCAUUAACGUUUCGUUUGCUUGGCUACCCGUACCAGGGAUCAGUGGAGAGAAGGCCGGCAACGAAGGAGAUUAUGAGAACCUAUCCUUCAGUCUUCUCUUUGAUUUCUGUCUUAAUGUAAUCCUAACAAUUCUUAUUUUGUAACCACGUGACAAGGAGUCGGCCAUGUUGGUUAAAAAAUACACCAGUGACCAGUUAAAUUUAUUAGUUAUAUAAACACCAAUGAAAUACCAGAUGAGCUUUCGCGCAAAAGCAUGAUUUUUUUACAUGUGAAAAUUACAUUUUAUCUUCACACUUGAAAUAUCACCGUUGCUAUGGCUACAUAAUAAAUCGCGCCUUUCUCAGCAACAAAACUAUUAAAGUGAAAUGGUGUGGUAUUUCAUUGGUGUUUAUAUAAUAAACAGAACAUUACAUGGCUGCUUGGAGAUACGAAAUUUCUCUUCUCGUGUUGAAAAAAUAAAACGAUAGAAAAAUAUUUCAACACUCGCAGAGAAAUUUCGUAUCUCCGCGCGGCCAUGUACUUUCCUCUAUAUAACAAAAAGUAACGUGAUUUUUCUGUGUUUGUUCUGAUCCCCAACUGCAGUUUUUACGAUGACCCAGCAAUGGUGUAUGAUAUGAUUCACAGGUGGAGCAUGCUCUCAUUUUACGUGGUUUGUUUCUCGGCAGGUAAAUAAACUGUUUAAUUUUGUGGAUGGGGCGUUUAUAAAAUUUUUGUUUUGCAGUAACUCCUUUCCAAUCUGUACUAUAACACAACUCUGCUGGGAAUAGAAAUUACAUUUUGCAUUUUUAACGGGUGUAUUUGAGCACAAAUGCAAUGGAAAAUACAGGUAAAAUAACAUCCAAAUUUAUGUAAUUGAUUGAUAUGAUUCACUGAAGGCGGUUUUAUCCUCUUCAGUCCGUUCCCUGCUAGCAGAGGCCCCCUUUUGAUCGACUUCUAGGUCGGCUGAAAUUAAGCAAAAGGUGUUGCCCUGGAUCCCACAGCCUUUUCAUGUGCUGUGUCUAGUGACACUCACUUUUCGCAGACCGUGAAAACCCAGAGGUUUGUCAAUUCUCAUUAAGGGACAGUGAUUUUGCCGCGUUUGUUGUUGUUGUCUGUUUGUUUGUUUGAUUUGUUGUUGUUAUUUUUUUUUUGUGGUAGCCUUAGCCUGCGUUACAGGCGCCGGUUAACUUUUUUUAACCUCUCCUUUUCUCCCCUCGCGCGUCCUCGAGAUUUCUUCCUUCGUCUUAAAAAAAACCGGCGCCUGCUAAUCAGGCUAUGGUAGCCUUUGUAUAGCUGCCCUUGGCUUGUCACCAACGAUCAUCUAUUCAGUCUAUUUACCUUGGGUAACAGAGUUUUUUUGGCGACUUCGCUGCUUGUGGCGCGCUUCAGCCAACCCUGUACUCGGUGGCGAGCAGCCCUAAAACUGCUGGAAGAGAUGCCAAGAGAAACAACUUUCAAAUGAAACCUUGGGACAGAAUAUACAGAUGGAUUCAUUGCGACUUGUUUUUGUUUCACAGGCUAUUUUAUCCACGAUUUUUUUGACGUGCUUUUGCAUGACUUACGUAACUCUCCUGGUCUCCUAUUCCAUCAUGUACUGGUAAGGUAAGCUACGGUAAACUGAUGGACAACAAAAACUCUGCAGCUUCUUUUGUAACAUUGCUCCAAAAUAGUUGAAUGGCAAUGUUGAGCGUUUUACCACCCACGAAUCAAACCCGUCUUGCAACAAAUCACGUUGUUGCAAUUUGCGUAAAUACUAACUUUUAAUUGGUUAAAAUUACGCGGGAGUCACGCCAUACACGAGAGUUAUAUACGUUCUUGUUGCAAAACAAGUUUGCCUUGCGCCGGUGAAAAUGACGAGCCACAUGUACAUAUGUUGUUGCAAAAAGUAGAACUCCCAAGAAGGGGGGUACUGCCAUAUAUGGGCUACAUAGGUAUGUGCCGCUGUGAAGGGUAUGGUUUUCAAGCAGUUUACUCUGGGAUAGGGUAUAUAAAUCAGAGCGUUUGAGUCUAGAAUAGGGUAUCAUUUUUCAGGAAACUGAUCAGUUGGUUGAGGAUCUUAUCUAGACCAGGGAUUGUGGUAGAAGGUUUUCAGUUUUGGCUAGACUACUGUUCUACUGACCUCAGUAGUGUCUGGAAAACAGCUACUCUAGGAUAGGGGGGAUUUGGGGAGUUUACUCUAGUAUAGGGUAGCAAAAUUCAGCUGAACUAGCUCUGGUAUAGGUUAAGGUCUCCAGGAUAUCAGCGGCACAUCCCCACCAAGAAAUUCCUAAAGUUCCCCCCGGGGUAGAACUACUGUCCGCAACCUGAUUUGUAGCUGAGACAGGAUUGAACGUGGCUGGUAAAACGCGCCCCGUAACAUCGCGUUUCAACUCGUUUUGCUGCAGUGUUGCAAAACAAGUUGCACGGGUUUUUUUGCCCGUUUUGCCGUACCUCUAGUCUAGCCUGCGAGCAAGCUCUCCUAUAUGAGCGAGCGAAGCGAGCCGCGCGAGAAGGCGCGAGCAAGCCUCUCGCGCGUCUACUUUUAACGAUAUCCCCAAAUGGAGAGCUUUCUGGCAGGCUACUUUAGUCUGAUGUGUGCUACUGUUCUUUAUUUUGCGCCACUCGCUGAACGGUUGGGAAGAAAACUCGAUGGAACUGACAAGAGCAAAGGGCCUGCGGGGAUCCCCUCCUUCCUUUCAUUGAUUCCGACCUUUUCGUUGCGCCAGAACAAGCCGAAGGAAAUAAAAACUUUUGUUUGUGCGUUCGUUCUUGUAUCAGCUUUAGUUCAUGGGCAUAAUGGCCUCAUGAUCAACUUAAAGGAUCAUACAGCCAUUGUAUCUUGGUUUAUGCCUACGAUCCCACAACCAACUAAAGAUGCUACUGUAGGAUUAAUACUCGGAGCAACAGUAUUUCAGCGGACGGAUUGUCGAAAAGCAUUCUUUUCCCUUACCUCCCACACCUCGAGUGGGGCGAAUUAAUGGUAAGAUUUCCUCCACCAAAAUGAAACCUUUGAAAGUUCCUGUGUAUUUGUUUUAGGGAAGGAGGAUUGUCCCAUUCUCGAAGAAAAACCGGUAGCAUGCUCAAACAUUUUUAGUUGAAUGGUUGCUUCCGACACAUAGCUUUAAACUGAAACAGAAGAGUAAAGUCUUCUUUUUAAUAGGGAUACCUGCAAUAAAAAUUCAGACUGAUAGUUAAAAAUUCAUUUCGCAUAGUUGACAAAUUCUUUUUUUGACCGCGUUCAAGAAGAGAGGAUAGUCGUUUUGCCUUUCACUUGGUGCACCUACCUUAGUAGGUACACAAGCUUAGUUACUCAAGGUAAGCCAGGUUCAUCAUUCACUGACGUUAGUUUACGCUUUAUGACAAUCUACAAAUACCUUGUAUCGAGUAGCUACUCAGUUAUAAUAAUUGUAACUUCACUACGACAGUGUACUGUGACAUGUUAGCCUGGGUCCAGGCUCGGCUGCAGUGGGGAGAAGAGCUGAGCGAUUUUCCCAUCCCCAGUCCCUCGCUUGCCGAUUUUUCUGCCCUCAUUGCCAACCAUGGUCCCAUGCUAGUGGUAUGUCUUUCCUAAUAGUAAACUGUAUUUGUUAUGUUCUCAUAUAGAGCUGCAUGGCGUGUACUUUCACGACGUUCUCGCAACUGUAUCUCGCCUUUCCAACCGGCUGUCUCUUACUGGAAGUAAACAGUAUUCCACUUCACCUCAGAAGGAUCAUGCGAUAUCACCAAAUAGACCGAUCAAGUCUUCUGUACCGCUUCAAUCUGGCAAUUCUACUCAUCACUUUCGUUAUUUUUCGGUUUAUUCCUGUCUCCUUUAUGGAAAUAUAUGUCAUAUUACAUGGUCAGGAUCAAUAUUUACCAUGUUACUUGUUCGGAGUGUUUGGGCUGGGUGGGAUGGUAGUGGUCAAUGUGGUACUGUUUCUCUCCUUGUUUAAUGCAGAAUUUGGCCGAGAUAAAAACCCUAAGCUUGAAAAUACAUAG